UCUCCAUUAGCUUGCCUGAAUGCAAUGCUUCAUACUAACACUCGUGUAGGUGAUGGAACAUUCUUCAAAAUCCCUGGGAAGUCGGGACUCUAUGCUCUCAAAAAAGAAGAAUCAACAUGCCCUACUGAUGGAACAUUGGAUUUAGGAUGUGAAUCUGAGUUAGAUGGCACUGAAAUGGCUGAGACAAACAAUAGUAAUGGAGAAGAAAAUGGUGUUUGCCCAAAGCAGACAUCUGAAGAAAUGUCUUCCAAUCGUGAUUCAAGCCUUACUAAUGCACCGGUGCAGAGCAAGCUAGUAUCUUCCUUCCAGCAGCACACAAAGAAAGCACUUAAGCAGGCUUUAAGACAACAGCAGAAAAGAAGAAAUGGAGUCUCAAUGAUGGUAAACAAGACUGUUCCUCGUGUUGUUUUGACACCAUUAAAGGUGUCUGAUGAGCAGUCGGAUUCACCUUCAGGAUCUGAAUCUAAAAAUGGUGAAGCAGAUGGUUCUGAUAAAGAGAUGAAACAUGGGCAAAAGUCUCCAACUGGAAAACAAACAAGCCAGCACUUAAAGAGGUUAAAAAAAUCUGGUUUAGGUGAGUAGGAGUGAAAUAAAUAUCUUGUUAUUGUAAUA